GAAUUAAUUCAAACGGGGGAAAUUUUUUAUCAACCACCCGACCGUUCUCUUUGAUAGACUUCGCGGUUCAUUCUGUAUAAAAGGGGGAAACUCUUGUGUCUGAUCAGUCUGUGCCAAUACAAGCUAAUCUAGACAACAUGUUCAAGCUGAUCGUUCUCCUCGCCACUUUGACUUAUGCAUCUGCCGGUCUCGUUGCUGGUUACGGUGGUUAUGGUAGCCAUGGUGGUUACGGUUAUGGCGGAUACGGUCUUGGACAUGGAGUAGCUGUAGCAGCUCCAGCAAUCAGUUAUUCCGCACCUGCAGUUGCGUAUGCUGCACAUGCUGCACCUCUUGCUGUUGCUCAUGCACCCGUUGCCACUAGCUAUGCCAAUACUUACAAGGUCUCCUACGCCGCACCUGCAAUCACUAAAGUCGCAGUCGCACCUGCAAUCGCUAAGGUCGCUGUUGCUGCACCUCUCGCAUAUGCUCCUACAGUGAGCUAUGGUCACGGCUAUGCAGCUGCACCUGCACUUUCUUAUGGAAGCGGCCUCGGCUAUGGCUACGGUGGUCUUGGCUAUGGAUUGGGACACGGAUACGGACAUGGAUCCUACCUCCAUUGAGAAUCACAAUAAAAAUAAGAUAACCAAGCCGAAUUGAAGACUAUUAAAAAAUAAUAACAAAAAAAUAUAUAAAGCAAGCAACGAUACGAUAAAUUUGUACAUAAUUAUUUACGUCACUGCACAAAAGGCACCGAAUUCUCUGUCAUCACAGAUGCCCAACUACCACACGAGAAUGACGGAUACAUUUUUUGUGAAUGAAAACAUUUUUUUAUUUACAAGAUAAACCAAAUUUUAUAAUUCGCUCCUUGUGAUACGGAAAAUAAUAUAUUUGCGUUUUUCAUCAAAAAA